AAGAGCUUAUACAAUACCGCUAUAUGCGGACCCGGAAGCUUACGGCAGUCGCAUGCGCAUGCAGUACUUCUACAUCAGUCGCUUAACGAUACGACAGUGAAGACACCGAUACUUUUUUUAUAUUUUUUAGCUGGAGUAUAAUCGUCACAAUGUGCGGUUGUAUCGCUUUCAAAGAUAAAUUCCGCUAGUGAAUUCUUCGACAUUUCUUACACCAUGGAUGAAGUUGCAGUAGAAAACGAACAAUCACCGGGAAGAAAUCUGCAGUUUCACAGCGAGCGUCCGUCUCAAGAUCGAUCAGGAUGUAUUUAUAAUAAACCGGCACUGCGACAAUGCCUGAGCAGUGGAACCGAUUCAGCCAUUGUUAUACCGGAUGACGGCAACAACAGUGACAAUGCUUCCCAUAAUUCGCGUUCGGCAUCCCGCAUCGCCGAUAUGGAGCCGAUUUAUAAUCGGAGUCGCGCGGACAGUAACGCCAACCGAACGGCAACAUCGCGCCAAUCGAUCCCGUAUUCGGAUAGGGACAUUCAAGCCCGCCGACAAAUGACCUUUCCCGUUGUCGACCAGCAUUUCGAUGAUGCCCGCUCGCUACCGGAACGAAUGCCACCGUCAACCGACAUCCAUUUGGAACAUCUAAACGACCGCAUGGUUGCCGGUUUUCAACAUACCGGCCAUGGGCCGACCAUCGUGGAGACAGUAAAUCCCUGCCUUUCGCGCCCGCCAUCCGCUUUUCUCACGGGCCGAUCACAUUUAACCUCUUCUCACACGUUCCCCAUUAUAACUCAACCUCAUGCUAAUCCCAUUCACGGACGCUGUUCCUCGUUACAUGGUCCACACGAGCAUCCGCGGAAUUUUGCGGAACACGAGCCGGGAUUUCACCUGGCAGUAUCAUCGCGCAAUCACCCGGGGUGUUCGUCGGUGUGCGCGCCGGAUCAACGCUCGCUACCCUAUGGGGAUCCGUAUUCGCCGUAUUACGUUCACUCCGGAAGCGACAAUCUAUCAUGCGCAUCGUCUCAGUACUGCUUCAGUCCGAAUUAUCCAAUUCUGCGCCGGGCGCUGGAUGCCGAACAACCAGUCGUCCCGGAAAGGUCACGAGUGUUUCAUACCGACAGUCUGUCCACCAACAACACAUCCGCGAACUAUGGGAGAUCUCACGAAAACCUCUUAAGGAAAACAUACUCCUUGGAGAAAGCGGAGAACAGCGACGAUGCCUUGCGGGCGAAAAAGGAAGAAAGUAGCCGAACCUUCCGACGCUUAAUUACCAAGACGCUUAGCAGUGUAUAUGCCAUAUUCGUCAUUGUCCUGGGAGCGAUACUGUAUGUAAACGAUGUGCUUGGGACUGUCGGACACAGUUAUGUCGAGGUGUUUCAAGUCUAUCUGUUUAUGAUAGCAAUUACCUUUUAUAUGUUUAUUCACAUCGAUAUUCGCCGCUACCUGAAGCACGAAAGAGUGGACGAGACGAGUUGUGCUGUUAACAACUCCUCGCGAUCGCAUGGCGUUCUGGGUAAUCGAUUACCACUAAUGCCCAGCCGCCAUUUAGGACUGGAUGGUCAUGACUCUAAAAAUAAUAAAUCUCUUAAACCUCAACUGCGAAAAAAGAAAGAACCAUAUGAAUUCAAAACGGGAAGGCACGCCGGAAGUCUCUACUUAAAGCUUGGAGCAGUAGCGUUUUGCUUUGGAAGCAUGAUCCACGAUGGCCUAGUCUUCAGCAAACGACUUGAUCUGGUGGUCACUCAGCUCUACUCAUCGUGCAUGAACAUUAUUGAUCUCUUUACACCGGCCCUCAACCUAGUUUUCUCCUUCUAUCAGUUGUAUUUUAUUUUUAAGCAUUCUAAUAUUGUGAUAAACCGGUACCAGGAAGUGGCACGAUUAGGAGUAAUGCAUUCCAUUGCCGUUAAUUUAUGUGUUUGGUUUCGGACACUGGUCGACGAAACCAUCGACGAGUUUUCCCGUAAAUGGAGUGGAGAGGGAUUUGAAAACAAGGAUGCGGCCAGCCGGAUACCGGAUGCGUUGAAACUUAUGGCGGAAGAUGCAGCAUGGCAUGCACCGGCAUCAGUUUCCGGUUCCGCUGGCUCCGGUACAAGAGCAGCACACACUGUCGAUACAAAUCACACCAGCGCUGCUUUAGCGGCUUGUAUGCCAGAAACUGUCCUGGCAAACAUAGCUCAGGAAGCCGCUCCAUACUUAUAUCCCUUCACAAUCGAAUACACACUGAUUGCCGCCGCCGUGUGGUACAUGAUAUGGAGCAAUAUAGGAAACAACGAUUCCCACUCGGAUAAUUCACCUGAAGUGCCCAGUAAAACUUCAACAACUUCUGAAAUUUCGCCACACGAAGGAAAUGCUUCGUACAUUUCUAAUCGUCCAGAUGGCCAGCGCCGUGACGAUCAUUCUGAGCACAGCAUCCGAUCGUCACUGUACAUGAUCCAUGUCGAUUGCCGGUCUACUAAUCGUGGCCUGUUCCCGGGAAUUCUAGUACUGGUUGGCACAGUCAUCAGCAUAAUAAUUUUUUUCGUCACGAUUUCCGCCGAAGAAUAUGCUGCAACGGCUCUGAUUAUCAAUAAUGUGUCGGAAUUAAGUCUUUUCGGGUUGACAUCAGUUGUCACAAUCGCCGCAUUCAGGCAAACAUCCCGGUUGGAUUUGAACCAUUCAGCUAUGAAACAUACCUUGGAUGAUUUCCUUCUUUUCGUUGCGCUGCCGUGCUUUUUUAUUUUCAGCUUCUUUAGUAUUAUUGCCGGCAUUGCGGCAUGUAAUUAUCUCUCCAUCGUCGUGAAUACAUCCUCGAUGCUGCAAGUGAUACUGCAGACAACGUUCAUCUUUGAUGGACUGCGACGCUGCUCAAAUAAUCCCGAAUUACAGCGUAAAAAGCCUGGUCGCGAAAUGAUCACUUUCCUCAUUGUGUGCAACGUAGCCAUGUGGACGUUCAGUACAUUUGAGAUCAAACGAUCGGAAACGAAUCCCAGUCAGAUGCUGUUUUACGGCGAGUUUGAAUGGAGUAUCAUAUCGCAUCUGUCCGUUCCGCUGACCAUUUUUUACCGCUUCCACUCAUCCGUCUGCUUGGUGGAUAUUUGGAGAUCGGCAUAUCAGCCAGCAGAAAGUCAUUAGCCAGCCUGACACCUACUGACUAUACGAUUGACAUAAAGGUCAACAAAAAGAACUUCCUGUCUUCGAGCGGAGCGCGAAACGUUGACCAAAUGCCACUACCAUUCCAUUUUUGUAGAAUGCCUUAUUUUUAACUGCACAUCGGUUUGCGAUCGUGCUAAAUAUUUUAUGUUUGACAAUAAUAAUAAUACGGAAAGCGUCGAUGUUUUGUAAUUUUAAUAUCUAAAUUUUGCGUAAAUUAAAACACAAAAUCAGGCAAGG